GUAAGCAGCGCAGCGUUGUUGUUCGAGGGCGCAUUGCGUGUUUGCAGGUUCCCUGGCCUCCGUGUGUAAAGCUUCCGCAGCCAGAUGGAGUCGUACCGGUCGACGACAGAUCCCUGUGCGGGCAAUGGCGGGGGGUUCCAGACCCCGGACAUGCGACAACAAGGAUCUGUCCACUACUCCACGCCUUCGCCGUCGAGUGUGCAAUCCUUCAGCGGGCAGAUGCAGGAGGUUGUGCGUGCGGGGAUGAUUCAAGUGCCUCCUGCUCGUGCGGGCUCACCAUCUCUMCAUCACGUGGAUGCUGCACGUCGGCGGUUCGUUGUUCGACCCACUGCAGAAAGUCUGCACGCGGCCGCCGUGCACACGGGCCARAUGCCGUUUUGCACACAGGUUGGAGGCGGGCAUGGCAUGCCUUCUCUGCACAUGUUCCCGGGGGCCGGCGGAUAUGGCAUUGCRCCGCACGUGUACCCCGCCCAGCACACUGUGGAAAGGGGCGGAGUGAUGAGGGAUGAGUGGCAGUGGUCCCCACAGUGCCGACAACCGUCGCAGCCCAUGCAUGGCGGGUUGUGCGCUCCCUCGCCCAUGUCGGUGCCGCGGUCUGCUGCCGAGGCCUCACCUUCAUUGGCAGAAGUUCAACGAGAGGAUAUGGACGAGGGGUGGCCUGUCCAUAGUCGUGCUCCGUCUCCUGCCGGCUUGCAAGGUCCUUCCUUUGGUGGCGAGGAGGACGACUUCGUUGGCGACGAUGAAGUUGAAGACGACGCCCUUAUGGCCGACGCUGAUGGGCAGCAUCGGUUUAAGCGGAGCAAGGACCGGUAUGAGUGGGUGCACGAUCAGAUGGCGGAGCUGGGGUUUCCGCACUGCUCGGCGGAGGAUUGUUGUAGGAAGUGGCAGGGCAUGAUGGCUGCCGCGAAGUUGAUUCUCGACAAGUGUGAGAAUGCUUUGGGGAAACCUUCCUACUGGGACAUGAACCAUGAGGAGCGGAAGGCGGAGCAGGUUCCACUAGGCUUUGAGAAAGCUCUGUGGGAAGUGAUGGAGUGGAAACUGAAUCGACCUUCCAUCAAGUGCGACAACACGCUGGCGUCGGAGAACCUGCCAGCUAACGCGGGGGGGAAUUCUUCGAGCGGCGGUCCUGCACAGCCGUCGCUUAAGUCUCGACUUUGGAGGAAUCUGUUGGGGGCAUGGAACAAAGUGGCACCCAUGAAGGUUAUUCCUCCCACCACCAAACAGGAGGUGCUGAAUCAAUCGCUAUUUGACAACCCCCUUAUCACGACGGUUGGAGGUUCUCCCUUCUCAGCUGCAGAAAUCUCAGGCGGGUUUGGGAAAUCGUGGAUUAAGAAGGGAGUGCUCCAGCUGAACGACAUCUGGGACCAGGAAGCAGGAACCUUUUUGGAGGUCCCGAGUCUGAGAAUGAAGCUGCCCAGAUUGCACAAUGUCACGCAGCAUUAUGUGGACCUGAUGGCAUUUAUUCCAAGUUCGUGGAUACGGCUUAUCCAAGUAGAUGCAGAUCACGCAGCAGGCACGUGGCUUCGAGCUGAGGAUUCUGCCCACCGGUUUUAUUAUCUUCAGGGGCUAGACCUGGUCUCUUGCAUGACAGCACAAUCUUGGUGUUUACCAGUAACGGCCGAAUCCAAAGGCAAGCUCAGAUUAGAGACAGAAGACUACUUGGUCAACGAUGUCUCCCAUCUCGAAGAAGUAAGAGUGCACACUCAAUCUACGGCCCAUGGAAAAAAGGUAAUGACUUUGUUGGGUGGGGCCAAUCAGUUAAGAGUUGAACCAUUGCUAUUGGGUUGGGAGGAUGGUUCUGCAUUUAACCGACUGGACUGUUACAGACCGAAAAUAGGGGUGUAUACACAGCAGGCCCGCUUGAAGAAGACUCCGUCCUCGCUGGCGUUAGGGCGAGCAGAGUCACAUCAACUGGAGGGGGUGUUGGAGCAAGGUCUCCACAAACUCUGGAAAGCAUUAAUGAAGGUGUCAGUACAAAAGCAGGCGAGCCUUAUGUGGCUGCAAUCCCUAUUGGUAACUGCUACAGCAAUGUGGCCAGCCACUAAAGGAAUGGAGAUUUCUACGCAAUGCCGGAGAUGCAAUUGGGGUUGGGAAAACAUGAUUCACAUCUGGCUUUACUGCCCCUUGGUCGACGAGUUACUGAUGUGGUAAAAGGAGCACUGGAGUAACUUCACAUCUAGAGAAAUGGAAUGGACUGAUACUUGGAUGCUUACUGGUCUGCCGACCGGGAAUCUGUCAUAUUAUGUCGCUCUCAGUUGUAGAGCUGUUCUGAUGGAGGUUAUCUGGACUGCAAGGAAUGCAAGGGUAUUCAAAGGCGAAGAUCUGACCACAAAACAACAACAGAAUAUGGUCAAACAAUAUAUCAGAAGGAUCAUCAGGGCAGAUUGGCAGAAGAAGAAUGUGAUCUGUUUUCAGAAAACAUGGGCUAAGGACAAGAGACUAGCUUGGAUAAACCAGAACGGCCGUC